AUGAGGCCCACUCACGAAUGCCUUCGUCUCGCCUCUUCAACCGAAAUGGACGCUACUCCAACAGCAAAAUGGGGUCGGGUUGUUCGGCCCGAGGGGUGUCCUCGAAGGCGAGACGAGUUGGGCGUCGUCGAGAACCCUCGACCUGUUUACGCAACCGGCCCAGUUUGCACAUGUCGUGGCGCCGGACCGAUGGCAACACCUCGUGACGCGAUCGCAGCCUCAUUAGUCCUCAUAUGUUGCGCGGUAACUGGGCCGCAAUUAAUUAAUCCUACAGCACCAGUUGACAAGUGGAGGCGGGCGCCUAAAGUCAUGGCAACCUGCUUCGUCGGUGGGGUGUUGCAUGCGAGCGUAGGAGAUAAGCGUAUGCACGUCGAACAACACACGCAAGUAGAUUCGGCACUAGAGGCAUGA